CCUGCCCUGCCAAACUUGGGCAGUCUUACGUUUUGCAUUUUGAAGGGAAAUGGGGCAUCGCCAAACAAGGCUCGCUUCUUAUUCCUUAUCUGUUUAUUUGCUUCUCAGGCCGCCUUCAUCCUCCAUUCUUCUCUGUGUCCCCGAAGCUUGACAUCUACAGCAGUGGGGAGAUUGUGAACUUCACAUGCUCUGCUCCUGAAAACAUUCUCAUGUCGAGGGUUUUCUUUGGGAAGGACCGAUGGCUGUUGCAUGUCUACAGGCCCCCUUCUCCUCUGGCCUCCUUUACGUACACGAGGCGCUUGUCUCCUCAAGACAGCGGGGAGCAUCUUUGCACGUACCGAGCUGCAGAAUCGAGCUGGAACAUCUCAUCCCUAGAAAGCAGAAGGAUCAGGAUUUCGGUGAUGGCUCCUCCUCCUGCCCCGGUGCUGACAGUGGAUCCUCCGUCUGGAGUGGUGAAGGAAGGGGGAUUCCUGCGCCUCACUUGCUCGGCCUUUGGCAGCGACGCAGAGCAAAGGUUUCAUUUCUACAGGGAUGGGGUGAAGAUUUCCUCCAGCAGUGAAGAGUCUCUGGCGGACUCCGGAGAACCCAGGAAUGCCUUCUCGAACGCCUCUGCAAACAUCCUGGUCCAAGUCACAGCCAGCAUCCACACUGGGGGAUUUGCUUGCAGGUAUGAGCAGAAACUGAGCAGCCGAUGGAUCAUGUCUCCCUGGAGCCAAACAGUGAAUCUCACAGGUGAGCCAUGCCCCAAUAUUUCACAAAUAUUAAUUCAUAACAAACCAAAUUACAUACCCAUAAUUAGAGAUUUCUCCAAAUUUCUGGAAUUUCCACCUUCCCCUCCAUGGGUCCUAUCGCUAGCAGCAUCCAUGUGGCUGUUGUCGCAUACAUAUAAUGUCUUUUCUGUUCCUUUGGUAUAG